AUGGCUACGACAAGACGUGGUGAUAGAGAUGGAGAAGAUGAGCUGAUUAGAUCAGAGGCUGAUCUGAGUCAGGAAGAGUUAGGUACUUUUUUUGAAAAGGUGCCCUACAACCCAGACUUCAAGUUACCAGCAAGCGACCGCUUUGAGGUCAACACUCAUAAUCCGCAGCCUAUGAGGAUUCGAAUGAAGAAAAUGGGAGGACACUUUCCCCAUGUUGUAAACUACCAACCUAAGAGGAAAAUUAACAUCAAGAAAAGGAAAGCAAAAGAGGAAGAUGAGGAAGAAGAUGAAGAAUAUGCAAGAGCGGUGGAAGAUGCAGAAAGAGACGAUGAUCCAGAUUAUGUACCUGAAGAAGAGGAUGACGGAGGUGUACUAGAUGAGGAGUAUGCAAGAUUGCCAAAAAAACAAGAAAAAAGUAACCAGCAGAAGACCGAGGAAGGGCCCACGAAAACAAAUAUCGAGAAAGAGGAAGGAAUGUCCGCACUGGGAAAUAGAGGUAGUACAUCUGCCAAGACACCUCAUUAUUGCACACGGAUCGACCGUUAUGCAGCAAAGGCAAAAGUAAAAACCUGCAAAAGCAAGUAA